CUAAACAAGGCAACGAUCUCGACGAGAUGAGCUGACGCAACAGCAGAUUACUUCUAGCAGCGUUGCAGAUCGGCUUCUGGCAUUCCGAUUGUGAGGUCUCUAACUCAAAUGUUCCAGCUUUGAAAAGCCCCACUGGCGGCGUUUUUACUCGUCGCACCUUGCAAAUCUACGACCGCACGGUGUAAUGUCAUAACCUGCCCUCCGCAUGGUUACUUCGUCAUCUGCUGCUAAAGUCGGCAGCAAGUCGAGAUCUGAAAGUUCGUUACCCGCUCCAAUUAUUCCAGAAGGAUGCUGCUGGAACCCAACUCUUCCUUUAUAUCCGGUGAUGCUCAGCUCCGUUCAAGAGGCACAGCUGCUGUUGACUUGCAAGCUGGGGCCGAUCAUCGGAACCGUAACGGCAACAACAUGCGCCUUCGCACAGCCGGUCGUGCUGGUGUUGUGGAUGAUUGGUCAGAUCGCCGUGCGCGACAAGCUGCAGAAUGCACCAAUGACAACAGGGUAGAUCGAUUAGUCUACGUCGACGAUUACGACGAUGAUGUCUUUUACUCGAUCGGAUCUGCCGCCAAGGCUGGUGCCGAUGAGCGCCUUGAUAGCUCCCAAGCUUUGCGUCUGGCCCUGACAGCAUCUCUUCCGAUCAGCAAGACCAGUGGUGCGACGGCCCUCUUCCUCAUGAUCCUUAUCUUCCGGCUCGCCCACGCGCUGCUCCUCCGCACAUUCUUCCAACCAGACGAAUACUGGCAAUCGCAAGAGAUUGCGCACCAUAUCGUCUUCGGAUAUGGCUAUCGAACGUGGGAGUGGAAGUCCUCCGUCACCAUUGCCAAUAGUCUGCACUCCGCAGGGGGUAGAGUUGGCGCCUGGCAAGGGUUACUUAACGGUCCAAUUAGAAGCAUUGCCCAUGCGCUGGCCUUUGUACCUGGUUAUUGGCUCCUCAAGCUUUGCAAGUUGGACAAUACUGUGCUUUUAACAAUGGCACCAAGACUGACUCAAGCCAUCUUCGCUGCUUUCGGCGAUUUCUACACAUUCAAGCUCGCGCGCCGUAUCGUGUCUCCGCUAGCAGCCUACGUCACCCUUCUUCUCACAGCCGCCUCGCCAUAUGCGCUCUACACGUCAGUGCGCACAUUUUCCAACACGCUCGAAGCAAACCUCACGGUCAUUGCACUGUACUACUGGCCGCUCACCAUUGCACAUCCAGACUAUGUACCGCAUGAACGGUACUGCAAGUGCGAUAGCGACGAGAUGCGCAAUAGCAGGGGGGCAAAAGCAAGUGAAGCUCGCAUAAAUGAAGAUAAGGAGAUGGAUGACGACGAUCCUGGUGGUAUCCGCGCGCAAAACAUGCAGCGCAGCAUCACAAGACUAGGCUUGCUGCUUUCUGCAGUGGCGUUUGUCGUUCGCCCCACCAACGCCCUCGUAUGGCUCUAUGUCGUGGCUCGGUACGUGCCACUUCAGAUGAAGAGGGCCACGACGGCGAGCCAAGCGAUCGAAAACGCCAUCACCGUCGGAUCCUUAGUUGUUGAUGCUGUCGUCAUUGGUUGCGCGGUCCUGCUCGCAAGCAUCGCCCUCGACAGCAUCUAUUACGGUCGCAUAGUUCUUACGCCACUCACAUUUCUGCAGCGCAACGUUUUGCAGUCCGUUUCCCUUUUCUACGGUUCGCAUCCUUGGCAUUUUUACCUCUUCCAAGCGCUUCCUGUACUUUGCCUCGCCUUUCUGCCAUACACACUGCUGGGCUGGGCUCGGGCAAUGCGACUCGACACCAGCAAGGCGAUGAUGCGUUAUCCGGAGAAGGUCGCGCUGAAGAUUAUGGCUGAGAUGGCGAUGUUCAUUGUCACUGUCUACUCCCUGCUGGGGCACAAGGAGUUCAGAUUCCUGCAGCCUAUACUCCCGCUGCUGCACAUCUUUGCAGCAUACUCUUUGACACGUAAACGCUUACUCAAAGGCGUUAAAGCUACUGCCGCGGGGACGACGGCAAGAACAGUAGCAGAACGUACGUCUCCGGAGCUGGCGCCUACGCGCACGCGGUCGAUAGUGGAGAAAGCUUCUUCCUCUCACCCUUCUGGACUUGCGACUUUGAGCACAGCCGUCCGAGCUCACUUUUGCAACGUUCAGCUCGCAUGGCAGCAGCUGGGCACUGCACGUUGGCCGCUACCAGCGCAGGUGCUGAUCCUGAUCCAGCUGCCUCUCUCAGCCUACCUCAUGCUAUUCCACUGUGUCGGUCAGGAGUCUAUCAUGCGCGAUCUGCGUCAGAUGCACCAUGAAGGGCUGACGGGGGCUAUACGUGGCCGCGCACCCAUCAAAAGUGUAGGCUUUCUUAUGCCUUGCCACAGCACACCGUGGCAGAGCUCACUGCAUCUUCGCGAGCUUGAACUCGAGUUUGAAGGCGUCCACGAUACGCUGGCGGGUGAUGCGCAAGCCCGCGGCAGCGUCAAUGGGGCCGCUGAGGGAAGGUCUACAACCAGGAACAGCAACACCUCAGGCGACCUUGGCAGAGCAUGGUUCAUCACCUGCGAGCCUCCACGCUCCGCAGUAGACCUUCUACAAAUGCAGGCGGGUGUUUACCAAGACCUAUCCGAUGUCUUCUACGCGGAUCCAGUCGGCUUCUUGAAGUCAUAUUUCCCCAGAAACGUCGAUCCGAGUUUCCCGCCCAUGCCGAGGAAGCUUGAACACGCAGUGGCAACACAAGUAGAAGGCCUGAUACCUUGGCCGUCGCACUUGGUUAUGUUCGAGGCGCUGCUCGCUCAGUGCGAGAAGACCGGAACCGUCGAGAACCAAGGAUGGUCACUGCGAGGUGGCAUGAGGCACUCGAAGACGGUCGAAAGCUUGCUCGAGGAUAUGGGGUACAAGGUCGCGUUCAAGAGAUGGAAUUCGCUUAAACAUGAAGACUCAAGGAGGAAUGGCAAGAUUGUCGUGUGGGAGUGGCGGGCGUAAAUGGUAUGUAUUUAUGUUGGCACCACAGAACGAGGCC